AGUCUCCACCAUGCUCUCUCGACCUCUUUCACAGACUGAGAGCGACAAUAGAGGGCGGGGCCUGUCAGCGGUGACCGCGCCUCCUGUUCUCUCAUUGGUGGAAAACACAGGUGUUUUCUCCUCUUCACCUCCUCCUCUUCCUCCCUCUGCUCGGUCUUUAUCUCCUCCUCACACCCUUCUUUCCUCUCCUUCAUCUUUCACAUGUCUUCGUCCCCUCUCUCCUCCUAAUCCCAUGUUUCUCGCUUCUUGUCCUCCCUUUGUCUCCUCUGCUCCUUUUAUUUCACCUCCUCCUCCUGUCCCUGUUUCUCAUCAUUCGUCUUCCACUCUUCCUCCUCCCUCAUCUUCUAGCUCCUCUCUUUCUACCUCCAGCCCUCUGGCUCCUCUUUGUGUGUCUCAUCCUUUACCUCCUAACUUGUUGUCUCCUCCUUCCGACUAUCAUCCACCUUCUUUUUCUUCUGCUCCUCAUCCUCCUCAUGUUUAUCAUCACUCCUCUUGUGUUGUUUCUCCUCUUCCUUCAUCCCUUUGUUCCCCUGUCUCUUCCUCCACUGUGCACACCCCUCCAUCAAUCCCUCCUCCUCUUCCUCCUCCUCCUCCUCCUCCUCCUCCUCCUCGUUGUUCCUGUUCCUCCCUUCUUCCUCGCCUCCUCUCAGCUCACCGGUUGGAGAUGCGACGCCUCUUACGAGGAGCGCUCACUUCUCUGGGUCGUCGUCUGGACACUCUGGAGAGGAGGAGCAGGAAGAAGAGGCAGAAGAAGAAGAGUAUGACGGGAGGGGGAGGAGGAGCUUGGUGUCAUGCUCCAGAUGCCUCUUCCACCUCCUCAUUCUCUUGCUCCUACUCCUGUGUCUCUGCCGUCCUUCCUCCUGUUUCCUCCUCUUUAUCAGCUUCAGUGACGUUAGAGAGCGAGAGGUCAGCCACUUCUCCUGCUCUGUCCUGUUUCGAACAAUCAGAGCAGAGGAGGGGGGAGAGCAAGGGUGAUGAGGUGAGGAGGAGGAGGAAGAGGAGGAACAAAGAAGAUGAUGAAGAAGAGAAUGCUGGGAGGUUUGUUGGUCAGAUGGCAGUCUGCUUCAGAGGGGGAGGAGCAGAGGAACAGGAAGGGCCAAUCACCCUGCACAACUUCAACCACAAGAAACACAGAGGCGGAGGAACUGGCCAAUCAGAGAAGACUGUCAGUGUCAUCAGACCAAACGGUUACAGACCCCCGCUGCUACACGGCAUCCUCAGCUCAUCAUCCCAGGAUGACAUCCACCUUCUCCAAUCAGCUGAGAGUCUUCGGACAUGCAGCCAAUCAGAAGCUCUUGCUGUCUCAUCCAGCCAAUGUGGUCACCGUAGAGACGAUGAUGGACUCAGUGAGGGGCGGGACAUGUGGGAAUCCCCUCCGGCCCCUGAAGGACUCGACGGCCCCGCCCAGUGUGAGCAGCGAUCACUGUUAUGUGCGAACACCUUCACCAAGUCUGACGUUUUCCAGCCGGCGACAACACAAGCAGCGAACCAAUCGAAGCUCUCGGAGCCUCCACCCUCCUUGGCGACGGCCCCUGCCUCUCCCCCCUUGCACAGCCAAUGGACUGUCUGCUCCUUUUACUGGCAGCCAAUCAGCCACAAGCUCUGAGUUCCUCAGCUCAAAGGGAGAGCGUGGUAAACUUGUCUCACAGAUUCGAAUCCGCCGGACGUCGCCACGGGAAACACCGCUCACACCAAUGGGACUUCCAAAAGCAAAAAGGUUAAAGAAAAAGGAGUUCAGUCUGGAAGAGAUUUACACCAACAAGAACUACAAGUCCCCCACCACCAACAGGAGUCUGGAGACAAUUUUUGAAGAGCCACGAGAGAAAGACGGAGCGCUGCUCCUGAUUGGCCAGCAGAGGAGACGCAGGCUUCUUCUCUUCCCUGACUUCACUCAGCCCAGGAAGAGGAAGAGACCACAAGGGGCGUGGUUUCCAGGCGGCACGUUUCCAAGGAAGCGUGCAGCUGCUCGGCGACAUUGCCAUGGCGAUGGGUGCGGUGAUGAUGACAUGGACCUGGAUGUGAUGCUGGUGGAGCGGCUGAGCGCGCUCGAAGACUUUCUGACACAACAGGGCCUAGAUGUGUGAACUGUGGCAACACUUCCUGUCUGCUGACUUUCGGCCAAACAAACAGCUGCUAGCACACCUGCUAACUGCCGUGUUACCCUGGUGAUGACAUCAGGAAGGCGGUCUCAUGUUACAGGGUUUUUUCUUUGCUGUGUUCUUGAUGUUUGAUUAUUUUUACAGUGUAGACUAUUUUAAUGUGAAUAUUUAAUAUUUUUUAUUGUGGUUGACUUUAAGAUACCUGUUCAGAGGCCACACCCCCUGCAGGUAUCAGUUCCACCUCAUAACAAACACGAAACAGACGCUGUCACUCUUGAGUCACUGGUAAAUAUUUUUAAAGUGUAAUAUAUAUUUCUGCUGAAAGUGCUUCUAUUUUUGGAACAAAUAAAGUUUUUUCUGAUCACUUUA